AUGGCUGGACUAGAGAAGGGAAACCACACACGCAUCACAGAGUUCCUGCUUGUAGGAUUUGAAACUCUUCCCGAGCUGCAGAUAACCCUCUUUGUGGUGUUCUUUAUCAUUUACCUAGCAACUGUUGCGGGGAACCUUCUCCUCGUUCUGACCGUGUGGACGGAUCACCACCUACACACCCCCAUGUAUUUCUUCCUCAGCAAUUUAUCCUUCCUGGAAACUGGCUAUGUCUCCACUAUCAUCCCCAGGCUGCUGGCGAGUCUUGCAACAGCUCUGUUGAAGCUUCCAUGUACCAACACCAGCCUGAUAGAGACAACAGCUCUAAUCUCUGCCUUUACUAUAUCAAUGGUCCCAUUUGUCCUGACCAUCACGUCCUAUGUCUAUGUCAUCCUGACCAUCCUGAGAAUCCCAUCGACCACGGGGAGGAAAAAGGCCUUUUCCACCUGUUCCGCUCACCUCAUUGUGGUUUCAAUGUUCUACGGGGCUCUGAUCAUCAUGUAUGUGGUACCAUCAGGAAACCAGUCUCUGGAUUUCAAUAAGGUGUUCUCCCUGCUUUACACGGUGGUGACUCCCAUGUUCAAUCCCAUUGUCUACAGCCUGAGGAACCAGGAGGUAAAAGAUGCCUUGAGGAGAGCUAUUGGUAAAAUGUGGCCUUCCACCAAAAUGUAG